AUGGCUGUGCCAUAGGGAUGUGGUGUGCUGUAGGGAUGAGUGUGCCCUAGGCAUGGAUGUGCCCUAGGGAUGUGGUGUACUGUAGGGAUGGCGGUGCCGUAGGGAUGGCUGUGCCAUAGGGAUGUGGUGUGCUGUAGGGAUGGGUAUGCCAUAGGGAUGUGGUGUUCCGUAGGGAUGGGUGUUCCAUAAGGGAUAUGGUGUGCCGUAGGGAUUGGGGUGCCAUAGGGAUGAGUGUGCCAUAGGGCUGGAUGUGCCAUAAGGAUUAUGGUGCCAUAAGGAUUGUGGUGCCAUAAGGAUGGGUGUGCCAUAAGGAUGGGUGUGUGAUAGUACCUGUGCUACACUGGGGAUGGAGCCUUGCUUUCCUCCGGGAAACACAGAGCUUGGAGGAACAGCAUUGAGCACCAGGCAGGGUGAGGCACAGUGAUGCGUGUGUGCUGGCUCGUGGGGAAGGAGCAAUGCACUCAGCGAGUGAAACUGCCCCACUUGGAAGCCGUGGUGAUUGGGCGCGGCCCAGAGACUGGGAUAACGGAUAAGAAGUGUUCACGGCAGCAAGUUCAGUUAAAAGCAGACUGUAACAAAGGGUAUGUCACAGUUAAACAGAUAGGGGUCAACCCAACUAGUGUUGAUCUUGUGAAUAUUGGCAAGGAUGAAGUGGUGAAAAUGAAGCCAGGCCAAAUUCUGCAUGUUGUGAAUAACCUUUACCCUUACACGGUGCAAUUUGCUGAAGAGUCUGGGAAAACUGUUCCAAAAGUAGACAAAAUGCUACAUGAGGACACUUGUGGGAAUGAUGAUAUGGAGCCUGUGCCCAGAAAAACAAUGAAGUUGGAGGUGGUGGAUACACAAGGCAGUUCUAUAAAUCCCAAGCUAAGCAGUACCAGUGUAUCUACACAUGAAGGAACUUCAAGCAAAAAGGAACAUUUAGGACACUGGAGUCAGGGUCUAAAGAGCUCCAUGCAAGAUCCAAAAAUGCAGGUUUACAAAGAUGAAAAGACUGUAGUCAUCAAGGAUAAAUAUCCCAAAGCUCGUUACCACUGGCUUAUCUUACCAUGGGACCCCAUUUCAAGCCUGAAGUCAGUCACCAGGGACCACCUUGAACUCCUGGAACAUAUGCAUGCUGUUGGGCAAAAAAUGAUCGAACAGUGCCCUGCCAGAGAGAGCCUGGAGUUCAGACUGGGUUACCAUGCCAUCCCCAGUAUGAGUCAGCUACAUUUGCAUGUAAUCAGCCAGGAUUUUGAUUCUCCGGCCCUCAAAACCAAAAAGCACUGGAAUUCUUUUACUACAGAGUACUUCUUAAACUCUCAAGAUGUGAUAGAGAUGGUACGAAGCAAGGGGAAAGUGAUGGUGAAAGACCAUACCUCUGAACUUCUCAAACUUCCCCUCAGAUGCCAUCGCUGUAAACAACAGCUGUCCACAAUCCCACAGUUAAAGGAACAUCUUAAGAAACAUUGGCCAAAAUGAUUUUUCAAAAAAUCAUCUUUCAAUCUGUCUUCAGAUUUCAAGCCAACACAAAGGCCACAAAAUGUUAACAGAAAUGUAUGUCUAUUAACUGGAAUAACAAAUGUAAUGUAGGGAAAAGUAGCCUAGAAACAGCAGCGUACUAAUUUAGUAAUAGCUUAAACAAAAACCCAAGCCCUCUUCUUCUUUCCUACUAAAAAUACAAAUAAAGUGACUUCUGAAAUUGAA